UGUUACAGAGGAAAUUGUUAUAUUUAAACACGAAGGAAUCUUCUUUAUCGUUAUGUCAACCUUUGUCAAAUAAGUUAGUCAGCAGUCGGCCAUUUUCCUUGUAAGCAGAAUACGCAGUAAAUUUUUCUAGUGUAUUUUUCUCAAAAUAUUCAAAGAUGGCUAGUCGCAAAAAGGUACUUCUCAAAGUUAUCAUUCUUGGAGACUCGAGUGUGGGGAAGACGUCUCUAAUGAACCAAUAUGUGAACAGAAAGUUUUCAAACCAGUAUAAGGCGACAAUAGGCGCCGACUUCCUCACCAAAGAGGUAACUGUAGACGAUAGAAGUGUUACUAUGCAAAUUUGGGACACCGCAGGUCAGGAACGUUUUCAAUCGCUCGGUGUGGCUUUCUACAGAGGCGCUGAUUGCUGCGUUUUAGUAUUCGAUGUGACCGCACCAAACACUUUCAAGUCAUUGGACAGUUGGAGGGAUGAGUUUCUGGUGCAGGCUUCUCCCCGUGAACCGGAAAACUUCCCCUUCGUCUUGCUGGGCAACAAGGUGGACCUCGAACCUCGUUCCAUAUCCUCGAAAAGGGCCCAACAGUGGUGCCAGGCCAAGAACAACAUACCCUAUUUCGAAACGUCAGCGAAAGAGGCCCUCAACGUGGAACAGGCGUUCCUGGCGAUCGCCAAGAACGCCCUCGCUCAACAAAACUCCACCGUCGACCUUUACAACGAAUUCCCCGAUCAAAUCAAGCUCACCAACACGCAGAAACCCCCGAGCAGCGGAAGUUCUUGUUGCUAAGUCGGAGGGACAGCCGGACAUUCUACGAUCUGCGCGCGGGUGAUCUUAUUCAAUAUUCCUAGUGUAUUUCGGGGACAGAAGUGAUCCUCCGAUCGACCCAGGGACACACUCGAUCCUAUUUUACCUUUUUUAACAUAUUGAAUUUUAUGAACUACGAGAUUCCACUAAAAUCAACCCUUCCGAUGUUGAUUACACUUGCCGGAUUGAUUCGUCUCAGUUCCGUUAUAUUUGGCAAAAGUUAUAAGUCGUUCUGUCCCCUAGUUGAUAUUCUUUAUAGUUAAAUACAUUUCUUUUGAAUAAACUUUUUCAAAAUUUUCAAAUAGCUACUUUGUGAAAUAAGAUUUGGGCUUGAAGAAUGUUCGUCACGAUUGUGAUAUUUGAAUAAAACUGAAUAAUAUACAGGGUGUGGAAAAUUAUCAUAUGCAUCACUUCACUAGAGGAAUCAACAAUGAAUUGCUCUCUGGAAAUGGACAUUUAACAUCUGCAACAUUCUGUAUAAUAUGAGGAACUUGAUUCUAGCAACCUUAUCGUUACUUUUUAAUUUUUAAAUAUUAUUUUUCUAUGUAAAUAGCAUUCAAGUUAUGAUUGCCUUGAAGUAGUUUUAAAUGGUUAGGUCUGUAUAGUUUGAAGGAGAAAUAUCGUUAUUUAUAAGUUGAAUAUUAUUAUACUUGGCAAUUUCAAAGAAAAUUCAAUUAUAUAUAAGUUAUGAAUUUUAAAUCAUUGAUUGGAUUAUGAAAAUUAAAAGAUAUCAGUUCAUCCAAUAUUUCAAUAGUAUAAACGUUUGUAUAUUAUGAUAAAUAUUAAUAAAUAUUAUACAGA